AGUGGUGCGCCCUCUGGGUCAGGGCAGCCUAGGGGUUCGGUGUUCAGAGCCGGAAGUGCUGACAGAGGUCGCGUUCCUAUAGUGUCGCUCCGGGACGCCCCUUUGAUGAGUGAGAGCGGCUGAAGGAGGAGCGGGGGCAGGAGAGGGGUCACUGCCUUGGUCACGCGGGGUCACUGCCGAGGUCACGCGGGCAACCUCAGGACACCCACGUGGGGGGCGGGGGGCUUCCCUGGUGCCGUGGUUACAGCAAGGCGGAGGACCGGGGACCACUGUGUCUGACUGGAUCUUACAGCUGGGAAACAGCCCGGAGGAGAAGCCGUGGUCUCCCCACGCACGAUGGCAGGAAGGAGAAGAGGAACAGCAUGUGGCUGACUAACGCCCGAGCGUGACCCAGUUCCAAGCUCGGAGUUGGCUUGGUGGUGUCCUGCCCUGCCUGGUGCUGGUCACCCAGGGAGGGAGUGAGGAGUGGUGCUGGGUGGACUGCACUGCCUGAAAACACAGCCCAAAAUAGCUCUUCAUCCACUCCCUGGAUGGUGCCUGCGUAACUGCGUUCCGAUAUUAGAGGAACAGUUUCUGCCCGCACAACUGAUAACCAGGCCUGCACCAAUGGAUAAUGUUCCUGGCUAGACAGAAGUCUGAUCAUGGAGCGACAAGAUGCUGGCCCAUUCCAGAACAAUCCCUGUCCAUCCCAGGUCCCACACCUUAUGGAGCCACUGGCUGGUUUUUCCAGUUUGUUUCCCAAGAGCAAUUUAUAAAUUUCUUUGAAGAACCAUCUGGAAGCUGGUCUCCUGGUCUUCUGACUUAGCAGAGAGCCCCAUAAUUGUUUCUUAAGAUCAGGACUGGGAAUGGCCACAAGGGACAGGCCAAGCCAGAGGCUGCCUCGGGUCACUGAGUCAGAGGCACAGGGGGAGCCCCACGUGCCCACGGGCCGGGAGCUGACCGAGGCCAACCGCUUCGCCUACGCUGCGCUCUGCAGCAUCUCCCUGUCUCAGCUAUUUCCAGAACCCGAGCAAAGCUCAUUCUGUGAGGAAUUUGUGGCAGGCCUGGUGAAGUGGCUGGAGUUGUCCGAGGCUGUGUUGCCCACCAUGACUGCGUUUGCUGCUGGCCUGGGAGGUGAAGGAGUGGAGAUGUUUGCUCAGAUCUUGUCAAAGGACCCCGUCUUGAAGGGCGACCCGUCGCUGAUCACCCAGGACCUGCUGAGCUUCUCCCUCAAGGAUGGGUGCUAUGAUGCCCGGGCCAGAGUCCUCGUAGGUCACGUGAGCUCCCUGCUCCAGGUGCCCUUGGAGGGGCUGGAUCUCUUGGAAGACACGUUCCUAGAGAGCCUGAAGGAAACCAGAGAGGAAGAGUCUGAGAUGGCUGAGGCGUCCCGGAAGAAGAAGGAGAAGCGGAGGAAGUGGAAGCGAUACCUCCUGAUAGGCCUGGCAACCGUCGGCGGUGGGACAGUGAUCGGUGUAACCGGGGGUCUGGCCGCCCCCCUUGUUGCAGCCGGAGCUGCCACAAUCAUCGGCAGUGCUGGGGCGGCAGUGCUGGGUUCCACGGCAGGCAUAGCUGUCAUGACCUCACUCUUUGGUGCUGCUGGAGCUGGCCUCACAGGGUACAAGAUGAAGAAGCGUGUCGGGGCCAUUGAGGAGUUCACGUUCCUGCCUCUGACCGAAGGCAGGCAGCUGCACAUCACCAUCGCCAUCACCGGGUGGCUUGCCUCCGGCAGAUACCGCACCUUCAGUGCCCCGUGGGCUGCCCUGGCCCAGAGCCGCGAACAGUACUGCCUGGCCUGGGAGGCCAAGUACCUGAUGGAGCUUGGCAAUGCACUGGAGACCAUCCUCAGUGGGCUCGCCAACAUGGUGGCCCAGGAGGCCCUCAAGUACACCGUGCUGUCUGGCAUCGUGGCCGCUCUGACCUGGCCAGCUUCGCUCCUCAGUAUGGCCAACGUCAUCGACAACCCCUGGGGGGUAUGCCUGCAUCGGUCAGCAGAGGUCGGCAAGCACCUGGCCCACAUCCUACUCUCCCGACAGCAGGGCCAACGACCUGUCACCUUGAUUGGCUUCAGCCUGGGAGCCAGGGUCAUCUACUUCUGUCUGCAAGAGAUGGCACAGGAGAAAGAUUGCCAAGGGAUCAUCGAGGAUGUGGUCCUGCUGGGGGCGCCCGUGGAAGGGGAAGCCCGGCACUGGGAGCCUUUCCGGAAGGUGGUGGCCGGGAGGAUCGUCAAUGGCUACUGCAGGGGGGACUGGCUGCUGAGCUUCGUGUACCGCACGUCCUCCGUGCAGCUCCGUGUCGCAGGCCUGCAGCCCGUGCUGCUCCAGGACAGGAGGAUGGAGAACGUGGACCUGACCUCAGUGGUCAGCGGCCACCUUGACUACGCCAAGCAGAUGGACGUCAUCCUGCAGGCCGUGGGCAUGCGCACCAGGCCAGGCGGGGCCGAGAAGGGGCUCCUGCUGGCCUCAGCAGGUACUGCCUCAGCCAGUGCAACCAGCCACCAAGAUGGACAAAUACAGGAUCUGGAGGCUGGAGACACUCCCAGAGCGACCCCGCCUGCUGACCCCGGCCGAGCACAGGUGCCAGAGGGACUGGACCAAGCCGAAGAGCAGCCCCUUCCUGCCACUGCCAGCCCCUCUAGCUGCAGCCAUGGCGUGGACUCCAAUCCUCUGGGCUGCCCAGACUGCAUCCCUGAGCCCCCAGAGCCCUGCCCAGGACUGCCCUGACCCCAGCAGCCCCCAGCUUCCAAAGGGCAGUGCUUUCUGCACCCUCAGUGCCCCAUGGGCACCGGGAAGGUACAACACUCCCGCAAGUACUUCUAAGCUGAAGGAAGGAACUGGAAUUGGGAUGAAAGGGGUUUGGAGAACAAACAUUUCUUCCUGGAGGAAGCAAGGCCUGAGGCCCACCUGGUCAGCCCAGCCCAGGGCAGAGCCCUCCCGUGCUCCCCCUCCCAGCCCAUUUCAGCCCAGCCUGAGGCUCCUGUGCUGCAGGCGUUAUCAAGGGACCAGAGGACCCUCUGGGAGACCCCCAUACUGCCUCUCCCGGGCCACGGGGAAACUAAUUCCCUCUGUGCUCCCACCCAUACUGCAGGGCUGCCAGCAGCCAGGGGCACUACCAGCGGGCACCUGCGGAGCAGGCAUAGGUGCAAAGUGGGCGGCCUCCUCAUAGGAGAGCUGCUCUGAUCUGCCAUGCACUGCCGGGCGGACUGUGCACUGUACCACCGUAGGAACAGCUUCAUACAGAUGUGAAUGGCAUCCUCAAAGUCACGUCCCACAAUGGCCCUGGCUAGUGAUGGGACGGAGCAUGGUGAGGGGCACUGGGCCAACACUCGGUGUGCUUGGGACCCGGGCCUGGUGACAGUGGAUCACACGGGAGAUGGGGACAAGGACGGUAACCACCCUGGAUGAUGAUAAUAAAACUGCCUCUUGUUGCGUGUCCACCAC